CCGAACUAGGACUACAAAAAAAUAGUGGAUGAUUCGGCGUCCUAGGUGCAACAUCGCGUUCUAGGUGAUCGCGCAAAAGGAGUUGUAUUUUUUCUGAUUAUCCACUUCUGAUUACAUACAUAUUAUCGUGAGUGACGAGCGUAAGCGAUGGGGAAGACGAGGACGGGGAAGGCCGCCGCCGUCUGCACGGCGGUGGCGUUUAUUCUGGUGGUGAUCGCGUUCACCACACCCAAUUGGUUGGAGACCGAUGGGAAGCUGGAUAAUCCGCAGUUCGUCAAGAUUGGUCUGUGGCAAGUGUGUUUCCAAGGCUUCCAGGACCCACGUCAUCUGUACGACACCAGAUUCUAUGGGUGUUGGUGGGUCUUCGAGGAGGAGUAUUAUAUCAUACACGACAUUCUCUUGCCGGACUUCUUCGUCGCCACUCAGUUCUUCUUCACGCUGUGCCUGACUUUAUUGCUGAUAGGCAGUUUCCUGACCAGCCUGUACGCCUGUUGCUCACGCCAUCACGACAAGUAUCAGCUUCUUCUGUGGGCAACCGGUGGCAAUUUACUUCUAGGCGGAAUAUGCGGUAUCAUAUCGGUGAUUAUAUUCGGUGCCAGAGGUGACGGACGAGAUUGGAUGCCCAAUUGGGAGCACAAUGAUGUAGGCUGGUCCUUUGCCCUGGCUGUUGUGGGCAGCGUCACUCUGGUAGCAGCUGGUAUUCUAUUUCUAAUCGAAGGUCGUAGGCAUAGAAAGAAGCAGGAGAAAAUAUUGAACGAGGAACAGAAAACGCACACAACCAUUUAGCACAUAUUUACAGAUUAAUAAUUUAUUGAUAUAUAAAUUAUUAAUGUGAAAAGAAAUUAUGUUUU